GUGGCUUUUCUCGCCGGUGGGGCGGGGCCCACGUGAAGGGCGUUGCCGCUUUAAGAAGUUUCUCCAGGUGUAAAACGCUGAAAUCAGGUAAACGCCGCAUUAAUUAACAAAAAGGCGUCGUUAAUUGUGCAACAGCAAUUAACGAUGAGCGGCAGGAUCCACGGACGGACAAUAAAAAUCUACAAUUGAGGCAGAAAGAGAUGAUUGAUAAUUACGAUAAUUAAUUAAUGCCGCAAACGAACAGUUGUAAAAAAUCAACGAUUGGCUGGAAAAGCAGGUGAUAAAAAAAAAAAAAAAAAAAAAAAAAGCAGAGUUUUAUGAAGACUGAGAGGUAAAAAUUAUGCUCGAAAUAAAUAAAUGGGGAAUAUAGAAAAAAAGUACAAUAAACGCAUCGGGUGUUUAAAUAAGAAACAGAUAAACGCAAUAAAUCGAUUAAGCGCGUAAAAACUCGAAUAAAUUUAUAAUAAACACGUAACAAACGAAUUUAUAAUUAAUAAAAAAAAAACCCCAAAUCACUGCCCAGGUCGUUGCCGCUUUAAAUCGGGCCCCACCGCUCCCAUUCCACUCAAUCCGCCGUCCCCGCGUUGCCCUUUUAAGACGCGUCGCCGCUUUAAGCGCGGCCCCACCUUGAAGCCGUUGCCCCUUUAAGGCUUUGCCGCCGCUUUAAGCCCCGCCCCCUCCCCUGCCGCUCUUAAAGCGGCCGCGCUCUCCUUGCGGGCCCCACCGCCGCCAUGUUGCUCCGCCGGCUCGCCUCUGUCGCGACAGCGCGAGGCCUCGCGACAGCGCCGGGGGCGGGGCGACAGCUGCUGAUGCGGCAGCUUUUCGAGGCCUCGUCGUGCACCUACACGUACCUGCUGGCGGACGCGGGCAGCGGCGACGCCGUCAUCAUCGACCCCGUGCUCGAGACCGUGCCCCGGGACCUGCAGCUGCUGCGGGAGCUCGGCCUCACCUUGCGCUACGCAGCCAAUACGCACUGCCACGCGGAUCACGUGACGGGCUCGGGCGCGCUCCGGCGCGCGCUCGGCUGCGCCAGCGCCAUUUCCCGAGCGAGCGGCGCAUGCGCGGACGUGCGGCUGGGGGAGGGGGACGAGCUGCGCUUCGGGAGCUUCGCGCUGCGGGUGCUCCCCACCCCCGGCCACACCCCGGGCUGUGUCACCUUCGUGCUCGAUGACUCCUCCAUGGCCUUCACUGGGGACGCGCUGCUGGUGCGGGGCUGCGGCCGCACGGAUUUCCAGCAGGGCUGCGCGCGCACCCUGCACCGCUCCGUGCACGAGAGAAUCUUCACCCUGCCCGAGAGCUGCCGGAUCUACCCCGGGCACGACUACCAGGGCCACACGAUGACCACGGUGGGGGAGGAGCGGCUGCACAACCCCCGCCUGCGCCUGAGCCCCGACGACUUCGUGGCGCUGAUGGAGCGGCUGCAGCUGCCCCGCCCCCGCCUCAUGGACCUCGCCGUUCCCGCCAAUCUCCGCUGCGGGAUCCAGGACGAGCCUUAGCCCCGCCCCCUUUUUUUUUUUUGGGAGAAGUGGGAGGGGCGAAAGCCACACCCAUGCGAGAGGGGGAAAAAAAAAAUUCCGUCCGAUUUCCGGUUCCGGUUGAAGCCACGCCCCUUUUGUUGUAUU